AUGGGUAAUUGUGCAAAUAACCCUAUAUUAUGUGAAGGAAGGACCGAAAUAUUAUAAGAAAGUAACCAAAAAUAUCGCCCUAAAAACCCUGAUUCAAAAGAAAAUUCUAUUUCAAAAGAAAACUUCAUUUUAAAAGAAAAAUCUACUUCCAAAAAAGAAUAAAGCAUACAACACUAACCAAAAACAGCCCAAAUACCUUCAACAUCUAAAAAAAGUUAAUUAUUAAACCCUUAAGAAUCUCAAAAAAAGCAUCCUUAUAAAGAAAUAUAAUUUAAUAUGGAAAAUCAUCAUCCAAUAGUUUAGGAAAUUUUAGACAACUUAGGUCCAUUUGAAUUUGAUUUAAAUGAAUCGUUUGAUGAAAGUUUGAUAAAAGGACCUUUAUUAUUCGAAAAUGGGGCUAUUUAUUAUGGAGAAAUACUGAAUAAUUAAAGAUGUGGAAAAGGAAAAUAAAUUUGGAAAGAUGGAAGUUUUUAUGAAGGAUAUUGGUAAAAUGAUACUGCUUUUGGAAAAGGAAGACUUAUUCACAGUGAUGGGGAUAUGUAUAUAGGAGAAUGGGUCAAUGAUAAAGCCUAAGGACAUGGUAUUUAUUUACAUAGCGAUGGAACGAAAUAUAGCGGGUAGUGGUUAGAGGAUAAAUAACAUGGGUUUGGUAUUGAAAAUUGGCCUGAUAAUACUUAAUAUGAAGGAAUGUAUUGUUUAGGAAAAAAACAUGGCUAGGGAUGUUUUAUAUGGAAUGACGGAAGCUUUUACAAGGGAGAGUUUUUCAAUAAUAUUAUUUAAGGCAAAGGGUUAUAUUAAUGGAACAAUGGUAGAUAAUAUGAAGGUGAAUGGAUUAAUAAUUAAAUGGAUGGAAAAGGGGUUUUUAUUUGGGAUGAUGGGAGGAAAUAUGAAGGAGAAUUUUCUAAUGAUAGAAGAGAUGGAUAUGGGAUCUUUUAUUUUCCAGAUGGGAAAAUAUACAAAGGAUAAUGGAAAGAAGGAAAAUAAAAUGGAUACGGGGUUUUGUUGUUUUAGGAUGGAAGUGAAAAUAAAAAAGGAGUUUGGGAUAUGGGAAAAUUUAUUGGUUAAUAAGAUGAAUAUUGUUAAUGA